AAACCUAACCCAAACCCUAGUCGACUAAAUUAUAUUUCCGCUCUUCCCACCUUCUGCACUGCGCCGUUCCCUCGUCUCUUGCGAUUCAGCAAGCCCUUCUGCGACGCUGUUUCUUCGUCUUCUCCAAGCUCUCGCAGUAUCUUCUGAAAGUCGAACCUGCAGAAUGGAAAACACGAUCAAGCAUGCUAUUGUGAUCAAGGUUAUGGGACGGACUGGAUCUCGUGGCCAGGUGACUCAAGUGAGAGUCAAGUUUCUGGAUGACCAGAACCGUUUCAUCAUGAGGAAUGUCAAGGGACCGGUCAGGGAGGGGGAUAUCCUUACCUUGCUCGAGUCCGAGAGGGAGGCAAGAAGGUUGCGGUAAUCAUAAGAGUUGGUUUUGUUUGUCGAUGCUCCUAUGUCUGAGUUUAGGUUCGUUGCAAGCAACAGUUAUUUUGUGUCGGUGAAUGGCUGUUGUGUUGCCGGUUCUGGGAAUUACUAGCAUUACAGACAUUAUUUUUGUGAUGAGAUUUUGUUAUGGAAUGUUUCUAAACUUAAUUGUCUGAAAAAGUCCUAGGUUUUGUUUGAACAAGUGACAAUGUUCCUGCUUGCUAUGUCAAAUGUUGGCCUUGCUUCCUACCGUUUA